AUGAAUUCUACGGAUCAAUAUUCAUCAGAAUUACUUGGCAGGUCACAAUGAUCGGCAAAAUCUCCGCAUUCUGGGAUCAUGCCAGGAACAAGAGUUCAUCUCACCGUGUUCCUUGCAUCCGGAUGUCGUCUUAGCGUUACUUCGUGAGUACCGUCACCUCAUCACGCUUUGACGCGGGGGAUAUUGGAUUGGACAUGGACGAACGGCUUCCUCGACCCGAGCUCAACAUUUGAACGACAAUCGGCUCCCGGGGAGCGUGAAUUUCACUGUUUCUAGUAGUAUAAAGGUCCGCAGCCCCGCCGCCUGACGUACAAAAUCUGCCAGCUCCCCAGGCCGUGGGUAAGCUCCACUACGUAUAUAGCUGAGAGUCACACGGGAAUUGGCAAAAUGGUCAGCACAAUGAAUGCAUCGCUUCUACUGUUCCUUUUGACACAUGCUGCAGCUGCUGCCACUGCAGCUGGGUACCGCCUCGGAAAGAAUGGAACUCGGGAUUGGGAUACUGCCGUGGGGCUGGCCCAGGGCCUCAUAUCACAGUUGACUUUGGACGAAAAGGUCAUGGUGAUCACUGGAAACGGCUCCGCGGGUUACUGCAUUGGCAAUAUUGCACCUAUCCCUCGCCUGAACUUCACGGGGAUUUGCAUGCUUGACGGGCCCAAUGCGGUCAACCGGGCCGAUCUAGUCAGCGUCUUCCCAUCGGGGAUCACAGCUGCCGCCACGUGGGACCGAGAGCUGAUAUACCACCGCGGAUAUGCCCUGGGGCAGGAGUUUAAAGCCAAAGGCGCCGACGUUGCUCUUGGCCCAACGACGGGUCCUAUGGGACGUCACGCUCUCGGUGGGCGAAACUGGGAGGGCUUUGGCCCAGACCCAUACCUCGCCGGCGUCUCAACUGCAGAAAGCGUCCUCGGCCUGCAGGAUGCCGGCGUGCAGACCAGUACCAAGCACUUCAUCGGCAACGAGCAAGAGACGCAGCGCUCUUCCACUACAAGCCCCGACGGGACUCGCACCGAGGGGAUAUCCUCGAACAUCGACGACAGGACGAUCCACGAGCUCUACAUGUGGCCGUUCGCCGACGCGGUCAAGAGCGGCACCAGUUCGGUGAUGUGUUCAUACAACCGUCUCAACCAGGAAUACUCCUGUGAGAACAGCUACCUCAUGCAGAAUUUGCUCCGCGACGAGCUUGGGUUCAAGGGCUUUGUAGUAUCGGACUGGUUCGCCACCCACUCAACCGCAAAGUCUAUCAAUGCUGGCCUGGACCUCGAGAUGCCCGGCUACCUCCCUACAGCCUAUCCAGGCAGCGAGCGCUGGUUCGGCGAGAACGUGCUGAAUGCCGUCCGCAACGGGUCUGUAACCGAAGCGAGGGUGGAUGAGAUGAUGCGAAAUAUCCUCACCCCAUAUUAUUACUUCGAGCAGGAUGCCGCCGACUACCCAUCCCCAGACGAUUCGUUCCCGUACCUUCUGAUCGUCCAGGAGGCGUCCAUCGAGCUGGGCCGUCAGAUCGGCCUGAUCCCCGACGACCCUGAUUUUGUCUUCCCCCGCGGCCGUGACGUCCGAGGAGACCACGCCAAGCUCAUCCGCGAGAUGGGCGCCGCCGGCACCGUGCUCCUCAAGAACAACAACACACUUCCCCUGAAGAGCCCCAAGGUGAUCGGCGUGUUCGGGAACGACGCCGGCGACUUCACCAACGGCUUCUUCCGGCCCUCUGAGGCACCAGAGAGCGUCAACACCGGGACCAUGGUCAUCGGGGGCGGCUCGGGCACCGGCCGCCCGUCCUACGUGGUCUCCCCGCUGGACGCCAUCAAGUCAAAAGCCAGCGAGGUCGGAGCCCAGGUCAUGUACAUCACCCACAACGAGGCCAUCGCGAACAAGGACUUCAGGGGCAUAUACCCGCCGCCCGAGCUCUGCCUCGUGUUCCAGCAGACCUUCGCCAGCGAGAGCUUCGACCGCGCCGCGUUCGAGCUCGACGGGAACUCCACGGCCGUCAUCGACAACGUGGCCGAUUUCUGCGGCAACACCGUCGUGGUCACCCACUCGGGCGGCGUCAACACCAUGCCGUGGGCCGGCAACCCCAAGAUCGGGGCCAUCCUCGCCGCCCACUACCCCGGCCAGGAGAGCGGGAACUCCAUCGCCGACCUGCUCUGGGGCGACGUCGCCCCGUCCGGCCGCCUGCCGUACACCAUCCCGCGCUCCGCCGAGGACGCGGGGCCGGCAGUCGUCAACCUCACCUCGCCUGUGACCGACCCCCGCGGCUGGCAGGCGGACUUCUCCGAGGGGCUGCUCGUCGACUACCGCCACUACGACGCGCAGGGGAUCGAACCGCUGUACGAGUUCGGUUUCGGUCUUACGUAUACGACGUUUGAGAUCGACAGCCAGGGCACUUCCGUCGCGCUGGCCGCGGGCGCGGUGGCCGCCAGGCCCGACUCCAACAGCACCGUCCAGCCAGGCGGGCUCCCCGAGCUCUGGGAGGACGUUGUCGUCGUCAGGACCAGUGUCGCGAACACGGGUGACCGAGCCGCGCACGCCGUGCCGCAGAUCUACCUGUCGUUUCCUGAUGGCGCGCCGGAGGGCACGCCGGUUAAGGUGUUGCGUGGUUUCGAUAAGGUGUUUGUCGAGGCUGGGGCAUCUGCGGACGUCGAGUUCCGUCUACAGCGGAGGGAUGUGAGUUACUGGGAUACUGAUGAUCAAGCGUGGGUCAUCCCUGAGGGCGACUUUGUUUUCCUGGUCGGGUUCAGCUCGAGGGAUCUGCCUGUAGAGAAGACAUUUGCGGUGCUGGCUUCUGGACGCGGAGGACUGGACCAUCGGUUCCUGAUCAAUUAG